AUGGCACUUCCAUCCGCCUCUUCACGUACCGCCACCCUCCGCGCCAAACUGUCCGCCUACCAUUGUUCAUCAUCAAACUCGACGACAUCGUCCACCACCACCACCACCACCACUCCUCUCAAACCACUGAUCGCCAUGUCCGCCCACUCUGCCCUUUCGGCCAAGAUAGCCUCCCAAGUCACCACCACUUCUGUCUCAUCCUCCUCGACCACUGGGUCGACUCCUCCCACGGCAGCCGUCCCUGCCUUUGACGCCAUCUGGGUUUCGGGAUUCGAACUUUCCGCCCUCCACGCCGUCCCCGACGCCAGCAUCAUUUCACCGUCGACACACCUCUCCACCACGCGCGACAUUUUCCACUCUCAACCACUCCCCUUGAUCGCCGACUUGGACACGGGGUUCGGCAACGCCGUCAACCUGGCCUACGCCUUGCCUCGGUACGAAGCCGCCGGGACGUCGGCGGUGGUGAUUGAAGACAAGACUUUUCCCAAAGACAGUAGUUUGAGACCCGGUGGUCGUCAACAUUUGGUGCCGAUCCCUGAAUUCCAAGCAAAGAUCCGAGCCGCCAAGGAGCUUUCGAGUAUGAUUGUGAUUGCACGUACCGAAGCAUUGAUCGCUGCUGCUACUGCGGUCGACACCACCACCACCAACCCAAAUCAAAAUCAAAAUCGAGGUCAAUCAGAAGCAUUGGCCCGAGCCUUGGCCUACGAAGAAGCCGGUGCGGACGCCGUCUUGGUCCACAGUAAAUCUUCCACGCCCAAAGAAAUCAUCUCCUUCUGUAGCGCCUACACCGGCAACGUCCCCUUGGUGAUCGUCCCCACCUCUUACCCACGGUGGUCUUUCGAGGACGUCUCCAGGCUCACGGACAACAAGGUAGGGUUGGUCAUUUGUGGGAACCACGCCGUCAGGGCCGCCGUGGCCGGUAUGCGUAGCGCCUUUCGACGGAUAGCCGACGACCGAGGGAUCGCCGGGGUCCAGGACGAAAUCGCUUCCGUCGAGGACAUUUUUCAGUUACAGGGGGACGAUGAGUUGAGGGAGUUGGAAAAAAAGUAUCUACCUUGACCUCGACGAACCACCCACGCGCAUACACACAUACACAUCUUGAGGAUUAUAG